CCCUACUGGCCUGCGUUGUUACAACAUCCAGCUCAUCCAAGAAUGCCAAGAACUGGCUUGGGGGGGUGGUGAGAAAGAAAGGAUACUUCAGGAGGAUGGAGACCCAUCACAUGGGAUGAAAACUAAAAACAAUGUGGCACAGAACCUGUGUGAUGCCUGCUGGAUCUCCUCACCCCUUCACCCUGCACAGUCUCCUGAUCUUAACCCAAUUGGAGCAUGCUGGGCUGUUCUCAAACAGAGGGUGAAGAAGUGUUUGAGAUGGCCCAACAAAGGCCAACCAGCUUGGGAUGGAACCAAAAGAAUGCUCAAGAAGAUAUUCAUUCAAGAGUGGAAUAGGAUCACUAUUGAAGAGGUCAGUAGAUGUGCACAGCUUCAGGAAAACAAUGGAGAAAAAAUCUGCUCUGCCUUGUGGUGAGCUUACAACACCAAGAAACUAUUGUGCACUGUUCUAUAUAGCUUCAUCAAUAGUUUUACUCAAUUCUGACCCAUGCUUAUGCCUUGCAUUUUGUUGUUCACUGUUUUGUAUGUAGUUACUAUGGGGGAGAAGGAAUUCAGG